CAAUAAUCAGUGCUAUACGUAUUUUUUCGCCUACAAGCAUCCCUUAUCGUGGCUAGUUCUAGCUUACUUGUCGCCAUUGGAUGAUCGACUGUUGUACUUUGUCAUCGAGAUCGAUAGUAGGACUCAGAGAAUGUUGACAUGACUUCUUUCAUGGAUGUUAUCAAUGCGAUUGACAUUUUGCCGUUUGCUAUAGCAUCGGCUGUUCAUUUCGUCCUUAAACUUCUGAUCGCGCUCGACCAGGCAGAAACAGUUUCAUCUGUGUUCGUCUCCUGGUUCAUGAUUUUAGAUAUAUCCCUCUUCGCCCGUCACCGGUCACAGUAUUGAGUCAUUGCCGGGGAAAUUGUACACUCAAAAUGUUCCAUGUAUUAAUUAACACGACACAGGAUGUCAAAAUGUGCUUCCAUUCCAAGUAACAACGUUUUGCUUCGAUCAACUCAUCAAUUCUCUAUGUACGACUUCAUCUGUUGAUUCUGCUCCUCAGGCUACCCUCCCCUGCGUAUACAAAUCAAAAUUACUUCUUUCGUGUUAUUUCUGUGACCAUAUUCAUUC